AUGAUGGAAUCCUCUUCCUCUACCUCAUUUCCGCCGACGCUUGUUUCAUCACCAACGAACAUAUGGACAAUACACGAUGUCAUUCUCGACUCGCCAGUAUGGAAAUCCAACAUCAUUCAUCUUGAAGAACAAAUCGACCAAUUUGAAAAAUGGGUGGAUGGUUUUACCAAAGCCCUGAAACAAUUCAUUGACGCCGUCAUCAAAUACAACGCACAGACAAGCAACCUCUGCAAACGUAUUCUGCCACAAAAUCUGGAUGGGUCGUUGAUUGACCCACAGGUAGCAGGCAUGAUCAUUAAUACUUUUGCAAGCAUUCUGCAAUGCCACCUUGCUUUCAAGACCAAGAUGGUAUCGGAUCUGGAAGAUAAUUUGCUACAUCCAUUACAACAGUUUAUGAAGCAUGAAUUGAAGGAUUUUAAGGAAAUCCGCAAGACAUACGAACGCAUGUCGGAUAAAUACGAAGCCCAGAUGCAGCGUUAUGGCGCCUUGAGCAAGACCAAGGAAGCGAGUGCACUCAGAGAGGAUGCGUUUCAAGCUUAUGAUGUACGCAAGUCGUUCCUUAAAAUGUCCAAGGAUUACUUUCUUCGGAUCAUUGCCUUCAAAGCCAAUCUUGAACAUGUGCUGGUGGAAUGUUUUUCAUGCGCGAUGGCUGCUCAAGUCGAAGAGAUUGAUCAAGCAACACAAUCAUGUACACAAUCACGAUCGAUGCUGCCUGGAUGGCAACAAUGGUUGGAUGAGAGUAAAGCGACAAGCGAGUAUCAGCUGGAGAAAAUCAGCAAAGCAACACAGCUAUUGGAACACAUGAUGAUACGGCGUGUUCGACCACAACGAUCAUUACGCAAUUAUUCAACACCCAGCAAUGGUGAUUUAACGGAUGCUGCACCACCACCACCACCACCCAUGGAUAAUACAACAGAAACAAAUCCCAUCACCAGCAGCAGUAGUCCCAGCCCACGACCCCAAUUAUCCAGUAGCCCCUUGCGUCGAACAAGCUCUAUUGUUGGUAAUGGUGGGGCAUGGCUUGAUGAAUGCAAGGAAGGAUACUUGUACACACGCAUCAUCAUUGGAAAACCAGCACGUUAUUCUUGGGUGCGACGAUGGUUUUUUGUACGUGAUGGAUAUUUUGGUUCAUGCACUGUAUCAACAAUCAACCGAGUCAAAGGAUGUAUUGCCAUCAAUGACAAGAUAAAGUUGGCGGAUUGUGAUUGUCAUGUUAUCCCCGACAUGGACCGUCGCUUUUGUUUUGAAGUGGGAAAUGGUGAUAGUACAAUCAUGGUACAAGCGGAGACGGAAGAUGAAAUGCAACAAUGGAUGCGUGCUAUUGAAGACCACAAGGCAUCGACACCACCACCACCACAAGUAGAAGAUGAGAGUCCAGGACCUUUGCUUAUAUCUCGAUCCAUGCUUGAUAUUCGAUUAGAAGAUUGUUCAACACGUACGACAAUCAUGUCCAAUUCACCCUUGUUAUCGGCACUUUCGUCAUCCUCACAACGAGAACCCGUUUCUAUACCGACAUCCACCACCACUGCCAAGCUUGUAUCACUCAUGUUAGCAAAUGCACCUUCAUUACCACCUUCAUCUUCACUACCACCAGCACCCGCCUCAUCAUCGUCAUCCUCUUUACCACACGCCGAAUCCAACAAUCCACAACAACAACAACCAUCACCUGAAAUACCAGCACGCUCCUCUUCCAAUACACCUAUUACAACAACUAAUGCCAACACUAACAACAAUGAACUCGGCUCACCCGCUUCAACAUCAUCAUGGGGUAUGCCAUGGAUCAAAUCGGGUCUAAGUGCAUUAUCCAGUACCAGUAGUGGUACCGAUGUCUAUUUCAAUGGGGGCGAUACAUUCACAAAUGAUCCUGGUAUGCUUGUUGUUUGGCCAUCGCAUGUUGAAAUGGAGGCCCCUGUGGUGCGAUUGAAUGGGUAUACAGGCGAGUUGGCAUCAAGACAACGGGAAUUACGAAGAAUCUUUCAAAGUGUACCUACUGAUGAAACGGUGAUUGAAGCCUUCUCGGCAUCCUUGUACCGACAACCCACAGCAAACGCUAAUACCACGAACGAGGACGAUCAUGGCAUUUAUGACAGCGAAUAUGGUUACAGUGGCCGAGGAUACGUGACACAAAACAGAUUAUGGUUUUACAGCUGCACGUUGAUGACAUGCGUUAAUACUAUUGUGAUUCCUUUGGAAAAUAUCAAAGCCAUCCGAUUGGAACGUGCAUUAUCAAGUUCAUCUCAUGGCAUGUUGAUGUAUGUGGAAACAAAGUCGCAACCACCAAAGACUUUUUGUUUUGGUCUUUGGUUAGAGCAUGCCGAAAUUGUGGGUGAAAGACUACGGAUCGCUGUGGAGAAUUCAAAGUCAUCAGAGGGAGAGAGCACACAAGAGCUGUUUGAUGUGCUACGUAGCAUUGUAUCCGGUAGGAACAAAGGUAGACGCCCUAUCAGCCAUGUGACACCUGCCAGUGCUAUUCAUGCCGCUGUUACGCCACUCACGGUUCAAGCCUAUCCACAUUCACCAAGUCAACAACGUCGACCUUAUCGAUCUUCUUCAGGUCCCGCAUCGCCUUGUGCUGAACAACAAAAACCUAUAGGUGAUGAUGAACAAGAUACAACAACAGCAACAGCAACACGAGAAACGGCAUCAUCAUCAUCAACAAACCGCUUAUCUGCAGCUGCGGAUGCAUUGACAGCAGCCAUGGAAGCAGCUUCAACACCACCCUCUACAGCAUCUUCACCAGGUCCUGGUGGUGGUGGUCAUAAGCAAUCCAUCAACAAACAUGCCGCCGAUAAUAAUAAACCGCUUCCAGAAGGACCCGUCACAUGUGAAUGCACCGAUCAUUUGGACAAGCUGAUUGCAAAGAUUACCCUCCCUACAAGUGCCAAGUCAUUGUACCAAUACAUGUUUUCAGAAAAGCAAAGUGGACAAGCAGCCGGCAAACAUGGAUUAUGGUUCAAAUUGAAUGCCGCCAAACAAAAUAGCGAUCCUACCAUCUCGGCAUGGACAUCAAAUAGCGAUCAUGUCAUGGAGCGAACAUUAACCUAUGUGAUGCCCUUGAAUAAUCCAAUGGUGAAAUCAAGAGAUACAGAAGUGAUUGAAUCUCAACGUGUUCUUUCCGAGGAUGACUCACGAUCGUAUACAAUCCUCAGUAUCACCAAGACACCGAGUUUACCUUAUGCGGAUGCAUUUGAGCCGUGCAUAAAAUAUUGCAUCACCCACGUGUCACCCCACAGUUGCCAAUUAACAUGUCAUAUCGGCAUUAAGUGGCUGAAGAGCAUCAUGGUCAAAGGGAUGGUGAGCCGAGCAGCCAUGAAAGGCAUGAAUGAUACUAUUGACGCCUUGAUUCCCAUUCUUCAAUCGGACGUACGACUGAUUGGUUCUGGCAAAUUGGCAACCAAGGAAAAGCUUCAUGAAGGCAUCUCCACCACCACGCCUGUUGCAACAACAUCAGCAGCAACGAGAUUGCCAAAGGAACGAGAUCAAACACCGUGGUCUGUUUCGCCCAUUCAUUCUAUCAUUGCUAUUGUGAUCUUUUUGGUGUUUGGGUAUCUUUUUUCAUGGCGUUCGCCAAGACAUGAUCAAGGGUUACAAAAUGAUACGAUGGUGAGUGAACAUCACCACCACCAACAACAACAGCAACCACCCCAUAUUGUAUGGCGAGCCGUCUUUUUACGGGAUUUGGAAGAGGGUCUAGCGCAAGGCAACAUCACCCUUGAGCAUGUUAAUCCAAGGUUGUACAAGUCAUUCCAAGCUGAGCGAGGUGGCAAUUCGGUGGGGUGGAAACACACGUGGUUUAGCGCGCGACAUCAACUGAUGGGUGCAGAACUCAAGUAUACCCGUGAACGCCUGGGUACCUUACGCUAUGAAGUUUUAACAGCGUUUCAAUUACUCAAUGCUAUGGAUCGUCGAAUACUUGAAAAUGAAUACUGGAACUGGUUAAUCGAUGAACAAUUACGAUGUCGAAACAACAACAACAGCCAUGGAGGAGCAGGACCUCGUUGUAAUGAGAUAUUAGCUGAACGAAUUGAUCAAAAGAGAAUAGAAUAA